AGCAGAGAGCGACAGAGAGGCAGCGUGUGAGAGGCAGAGAGAGAGCAACACCGAGAGCGAGAGAGAGAGAGAGAAGAGAAGGGGGAGGCUCCAUAUUCUUUCACCUACCCCCCGUCAAACCACAGGAAGGAGGGGCCAGACCCUAAACUGCCAAUCAAAUCCGCUCAUGGCAGCCGGCAUUAUCUCAGCAACAAACUAUUGACAGAUUACAUGUCAAGGAGUUUAGUGCAUGAUUGAAGGAAGCCUUUUUUUUUUUAUCUAGUUACUUUUCCACUUUAUUUCCCCCUCCACCAACCAACAUUCAAAUGACUUUCUGACAGAGUUGAGUAAUAUUAUGAAAGUUACAUGUCUGAGAGGAUUUAACUUCGACUUCCCUGAAUAUGCUAAAAGGAGUUUAUGCACUGAAACGACCUCAGGAAAAUCCAAGAUGGCCGCCAAAAGGAAAGGUGGCUUAAAACUCAAUGCUAUCUGUGCCAAGCUGAGCCGUCAGGUGGUGUUCGACACCAGCUCCCAGAAUGCAGAGGGAGACCAGAGUGUAGCAGAAAACAGUGAGCGUGGCAGUUCCCACGACGAUGACAAUGAGACCAACUUCCCUGAGAGCCUGAACCUCAGUCAGAGUCUGGAGGAAGACCAGAAGAGACGCGAGGCCAUUGAGAAGUGGGUGAACGGCGAGUACGGUGAUGAGCCGCCAGCACCCGGCCACGAACACGAGCAUGAACUUAAAGUCAGCAAUGACGAAGAUGCUCCUCCUCAUGGCGUGUACAUGGUACACCCCACAGGCUGCAGCGAUGACGAGGACAACGUGGAGGAGGCCGAGCCGGUGGCAGUCUCCCAGGAUGGCAGUUACCGUGACGACAAAGAAGCUGAAGACAGGCCUUCAAAAGACACCUACAUGCCACAGCGCGAGGCCCAGAGUCGCCAAGCACCUUUCUCCUCCACAGGAGAAGCAUCUGCCCUGCGAGACUAUGCGGCCAACACCAUGAAUGAAUUUUUGGGAAUGUUCGGUUAUGAUGACCAGCAGGUAAGGGAUGAGCUGACCAAGAAAAUCAGCUUCGAGAAGCUCAAAGCCGCUACCUCAGACCCCUCAUCCCUCAGCAGUGAGGAGGCCUCACGGCGUGCCCGUUUCUCAAAGUACGAAGAGUACAUCCGUAAGCUAAAAGCCGGCGAGACCCUUCCUUUGCCCAUGCAUGCUGCCCCACCAAAACCAGACGACCUCAACCCCAAACUGGCCCAAGACAAGAGCGCUACCAUGCUCCACACCUCUGGGUGCCUCCCAGGGGCCGAGGCACAGAUCUACCCCCCCAGCCUAGACCACAAACAGCCAGGAGGACCUCAGCUGGGCUCUUCUCAGUCACCAAAUCCCUCUCACAUCCAGAGCAUGGCUUCCCGAGCCUCCAAGUAUGACUUCUUUAUUCAGAAGCUGAAGAUGGGCGAAAGUCUUCAGCAGCAGAACGGUACUGCUUACAAGCGACCCUCCAAGUACGACCUUGAGAACGUCAAGUUUCUGCACCUCUUCAAGCCUGGUGAGGGCAACCCUGACAUGGGCGGCUCCAUAGCCUUCAAGACUUGCAAAGUGGGCCGGCCUUCGAAGUAUGACGUCAGAACAAUUCAGAAGCUGAUGCCGGGAAAUCCUGAGGCCUCAUUGAUGCCCAAUGUCCUCGCUACAGCACCAGGGAACCCAGGAGCUCCUGGUGUCCCCACUGUGGGUGCAGCUGGGGCCAGCAUCGCCCCAGGGCUCACAAUGGACCAGACAGGACAAAUAAGCUUCAACGCCGCUGACUACCUGAAGUCCAGCUUUUCCAAGACUGACUCCAUCACCACAGGCACUGUGUCCUCUGUUAAGAAUGGCCUGCCACCAGAUAAACCCGCCAGCGACGACAUCAACCUCUACCAGAAAUAUAUUGCCAGAGACAAAAACAUCAGGGGAAGGGAGGUAUCUUGCUUUUCAAUGGACACUGAACAAUGUCCCCCAUUCCGGAUUCAUUUUGAGCCGACACUAGAAAGGUUCUCUGGAAGUCAACACUGUGGACACGUGCACUGUGCCUACCAGUACAGGGAGCAUUACCACUGCAUGGACCCUGAGUGUAACUACCAGGUGAGCAGGUUUACCAGUAAGCAGGAUGUAAUCAGGCACUACAACAUGCACAAGAAGAGGGACAACUCUCUGCAGCAUGGCUUCAUGCGCUUCAGCCCUCUGGACGACUGCAGUGUCUACUACCAUGGCUGCCACCUCAAUGGAAAAAGCACCCAUUACCACUGCAUGCAGGUGGGCUGCAGCAAGGUGUACACCAGCACCUCCGAUGUCAUGACCCAUGAGAACUUCCAUAAAAAGAACGCCCAGCUGAUCAACGAUGGCUUCCAGAGAUUUCGUGCCACUGAGGACUGCGGCACCGUCGGCUGUCAAUUCUACGGGCAGAAGACCACACACUUCCACUGCAGGCGCCCAGGAUGCACAUUCACCUUUAAGAACAAGUGUGACAUUGAGAAGCACAAGAGCUAUCACAUCAAGGAUGAUGCCUAUGCCAAAGAUGGCUUCAAGAAGUUCUACAAGUAUGAGGAGUGCAAGUACGAGGGCUGCGUCUACAGCAAAGCCACUAACCACUUCCAUUGCAUCCGCUCAGGCUGCGGCUUCACCUUUACCUCCACUAGCCAGAUGACCUCUCACAAGCGCAAACACGAGCGCCGGCACAUCCGCUCCUCCGGUGUCAUGGGCCUCUCUUCCGCCUACAUGGUGCCAAAGGAUGAGCAAGAGGAAUCGAGCAACGAUGACCUGAUGGACUUCUCGACCAUCAGCAGCAAGAACUCCAGCCUGAGUGCCUCGCCUACCACCCAGCAUUCCACCUCUGUAUCGCACCUGUUGGCCACACCCACCACCUCUGUCUCCUCCUCCUCUACAUCGGGCCAUACCCUCAAACCCACAUCCUCGCUGUCCAGUGCGGGCCAGCGUAUGUCCAGCCUGCUGUCCCAGGCCCUGCCCAGCAACAUGCCGGUGGCCCAUGCUCUCUCCAACAGCGCCAUGGCCGCCUCCAACCCGUUCUUCCCCCUCAUUCCCAGGCUGCCUCUCCAACCGCCUCCACCGGCCGCUAGCCUGAUGUCCGCCGUCUCUUCUGGGGCUCACUCCAUGCCCACCGACUCACUGACCCAAAGUUGCUCCACAGUUGGUGCAGACGGAGCCAUGGCCUUCACCCCAACAUCCUUCGCCACCGCCUCCAUCAUGGAGAAGAUCUCUGCAAGCAAGGGUCUGAUAUCCCCCAUGAUGGCCAGACUGGCAGCUGCUGCCCUGAAGCCCUCCAACCACCUCAACAUAGGGAAUGGGCAGUCGGCUUCAGCGAGCCAGUUCAAUCUGGUUCAAGUGAAGCAGGAGCCAAUGGACCUCAACUCCACGCAGGAGCACAGCCUGGACCUGAGCAAGAAAGACCACAGUAAUGAAUCAAACGGACACCCUGUACCAGGGAAUACAUCUCUUUUAUCCUCGCUUAUGAAUAAGAUGUCACAGGUGAACCCUGCCCUGUUCAACGCCAUGAACCUGAAGACGGAGAUGGAGGCCGGCCAGGGAGGCAACACCUCGGAGGCAGCACAGUAUCUGAACAGAGUGCUGAAGAGGCCCCUGCCAGAAAAAUCCACCGAGAUCUGGAGGACAUACCUCCGCAGGUUUGACACAGAUGACUUCUGUGAGGCUCAGUGUGACUUCCUACAGAAAGUGCACUUUCACUGCUUGGUGGAGGACUGUGGGGCACUCUUCAGCACUGUGGAUGGGGCCAUAAAACAUGCUAACUUCCACCUCCGUGCCACCUUGAAAGUGAAGUCAGAGCCUCAGUUCGGCGAGGGCAAGGACUCCAGCGAGGGGGCCUCGCUGCAGCCUGCUGCCCCCGUCUCCAUGGCCAACAAUCCCUCCAUGGAUGUGGCACACCUCACCUCCUCUGGUGGGUACAGCUCUCCUCCUCCCGCCCUGCUGGCCUGGAAGCAGCUGACUGGCAGCAUCCCUCAGAUGUCGGCCUCGAUGCCCAACCUGCCAGCCAACUCCCCGCUUGCCACCACCUCCCUGGAGAAUGCUAGACCCCAGGUCAAACCUGGUUUUCUGCAGUUUCAGGAAAAUGAUCCCUGUUUGGCUACCGACUGUAAAUACAGUAACAAGUUCCACUUCCACUGCUUGUUUGGGAAUUGCAAGUAUGUGUGCAAGACAUCUGGCAAGGCCGAGUCCCACUGCUUGGACCACAUCAACCCCAACAACAACCUGGUCAACGUCCGUGACCAGUUUUCCUACUACUCUCUCCAGUGUCUCUGUCCCAACCAGCACUGCGAGUUCAGAAUGAGGGGCCACUAUCACUGUCUGCGGCCAGGCUGCUCCUUUGUCACUAAUAUCACCACCAAGCUGCCAUGGCACGUCAAGAAGCACGAAAAGGCAGAACGCCGCGCCGCCAAUGGCUUCAAAUAUUUCACCAAGAGGGAGGUGUGUGGGAGGCUGGGUUGCAAGUAUAACCAAGUCAACAGCCACUUCCACUGCAUCCGCGAUGGCUGCCAGUUCUCCUUCCUGCUCAAGCACCAGAUGACCUCGCAUGCACGCAAACACAUGAGGCGGAUGCUCGGGAAGAACUUCGACAGAGUCCCGUCACAGGGGAUGCCACAGAGGCCAGACGGGUCCGGCAUGAUGGGGACCCAUCCUGGUAUCAACAGCUUCAUGGACGAGACUGAUGAUUACAUGGACUACAUGGGAGGAGGGGGCAGCCCCUUGGGCCUCUCCUCCGAGUCCUCUAACCAGGACCGGAGCUGCAGCAGCACACCUGUAGGCAACGAUGGUUCUCCAGCAGGACAAGGCUGGCCCGCCACCACUUCUGCUCCUACCACCCCUGCUGACACUAGCGCUACCCACAAUGCACCUCCUUCUCCUCCACUACCACCUCCACCAUCUCUUCCUCUCUUCGCUCUUCAGCCUGGCCUCCAGUCCCAGGCCUCAUCCCUCUCUCCUGCUCUCCUCCGACCUCCUCUGUCCUCACUCCCAUACCUCCUCUCUCCAUCCUGUCUGUCAUACUCUCUGCUCAGCGCCUCUCUGGGAGCCACUCGGAGUGUUGUCAUGCCAACCAACACACCAGCUUUCAGCCCCAUCAUUGCCACUCCGUCUCCAGUUAAAAAUGACGUCCCUAUAGUACAGGAUGCUGCAGGCAACACCAUCUCCAUUCCCACUGCCACUGGGGCAAAGAAGCGCUUUUGGAUCAUCGAGGACAUGUCACCAUUCGGCAAGCGCCGCAAGACCCCGUCGUCGCGUAAGAUGCUGGAUGAGGGGAUGAUGCUGGAGGGCUUCAGGCGCUAUGACCUCUACGAGAACUGCAAGGACCCGGGCUGCCAGUUUUCUCUGAAAGUGACCCACUACCACUGCACACGUGAGAACUGUGGCUACAAGUUCUGCGGCCGCACCCACAUGUAUAAGCACGCGCAGCACCACGACCGUGUGGACAACCUGGUCCUGGAUGACUUCAAGCGCUUCAAAUCCUCACUCAGCUGCAACUUCCCCGACUGCCAGUUUUCCGGCAACAGCACCCACUUCCACUGUCUGCGCUGCGGCUUCCGCUGCACCGACAGCACCAAGGUGACGGCCCACCGCAAGCACCACGGCAAGCAAGAUGUGAUCAGCGCCGCUGGCUUCUGCCAGUUCAGCUCCAGUGUUGAUUGUGAGGUUCCCGACUGCAAAUAUAAGCUCAAGUGCUCGCACUUCCACUGCACCUUCCCUGAGUGUAAGCACACGGUGGUGGGCAUGUCCCAGAUGGACUCCCACAAGAGAAAGCACGAGAAGCAGGAGCGUGGUGAGCUGCCGUCUGUGUCGCCCAAGCAGGAAGGGGUGCACCACCUGGGAGGAAGUGUGUCCACGGUCCCUCUGCUCUCGAUGGGUGUUUCUUCUUCUUCGCCGAGCGUCGUCCACGGUUUGUCCCGCAGCAUUAACAGCAGCGCUCCCUCCAUGCUCUAUCCAACAGGUGGCAUCGGGUUAGAGUACAACCACCUGUACCCACCGUCCUCUAUCAGCCUGGACGGCUCCCUCAACCUGGGCACCGACACCAGCAGCUCCCUGUUCUUCCUGAAGAACGCCAUCGGUCUGGGUCUCAGCGACUCACUGGACCUCAGCAAGAAAAUGCACCAAGAGGCAAUGCGAUCCAGCCACAACCCGGAGCCCCCGCUGUGUCUGCCGGCGGCUCAGGACGACACCACGGGAACGUCCGGAGAGGCUGAGGACGACCUGUCGCCAGAGGAGGAGGCACACGCAGAGGAGGAGGAAGAGGACGAGGAGGAUGAGGAGGAGGACGAGGAGGAGGAUGAGGCAGAGCUAAACAGUGACUCAAAUGAUGAUUCGAUGCCGGAGCCUGAUGGUGAAAAGGACAAUGGCGAGAGUUUUGAUGCUUCUCUUAACCACACUGAUACUUCCCAACUGGAAAAGAAUUGAGAGAAAAACUACCAGUGACUGUAGGGACUGAAGAAAUACUCUGUGUACUAUGAACCAACAAAAAUGAAAGUGGCCUCAUUUAUCAUGUCAAGAGACUUCAGAUGACAACAAAAAACAACAGCGUGGAAAGAAAUGACGGCCCAAAAUGAUUUAUUAUGAUGUUUACAAGAUGACCAACAUUAUUAAUUCAAUUAUGCAUUAAAAAAAAUACGAACGGAGACACAGAAUUAGGCCCUGGUUUACACACAGGGCAGCAAUGUAAAGCAUUUUACUACACAUCAGUCUUUUUGUGUGCGUGCAUGUUUGACUUUAAUUUAUUUUAAUUUCUUUCACUUUUUUGUGUGGAUAAAAAAAAAUGUUAGAAAAACAAAAACAAAUCUCUCUAUAUAACUAUAUAUGUAAGUGUGUGUGUGUUUGUGUGAGUGUGUGUGUGUGUGUGUGUGAACGACGAUAUACAAAAGGAAAUUGCUGGUACAGGCGACAUGAACUGCAGGGCCGUGAAUACAUAGAAAAAGGGAGGUAGAUCACUAAGGGGAAGCAGGAUACAUUCAAACAUUUGAUCUUUUUUGCUGUAUUAUUAUUAUUAUUAUUAUUAUUAUUAUUAUGAGACACUGAGUGAAAAGGGAGUUACAUGUUGCUUGUUCCCAUCUCUGUUUGAGGUUUUUCUUUGUUCUCAAUGACAUGUGGAAUUGACCAGUACAUAUUUGGUCAGUCUCGGCUGCCGGUCUCAACAGUUCUCCGACAUUCUGCUAGAAACAUUCAACUAGCACCAAAACCAAGCUCAACCCUUGUAAUUUUGCCCCCUGCAGAGGAAUCAAGUUUGUGUGUGAAUAGUGCACUUUUAUAUUAGCUGACCACGAUGAUUACGACGAUGAUAGAUAACUCAUAAGCAUAUUUAAAAAAUAUUUUUGUUACCAUUUGCAUCUUUGCAUUAUUAUGUUGUUUUGUUGUGUUGUUAGUCCGAAGCAUAUCGAUCUGUAAGCAGGCGAGGUUGUGAUUAACGGCCAGAGAGUCAGGAUGUGAUGGGGGGGUGACGGAGAAAACGAUGAGUCACUCAGAUGCCGAGCGAGGGGGACGUCAGAGAGUGUGUUUUAUGUUUGAAAAUUUACAGACCGAAAAUGUCUUAAUGGCAUUUUGUUUCCAUUCAAUAUGGCUGUGGUUUAGCUCCUGUUGUAACGGUUUUUAUUUAAUAUUUAUGUGACCUUCCAAUGAGAAUUUUCUAGGGUGUUAUUGCACUUUUUAGGUUCAUUUUUACCGUCUGAAAAAAAAUAUGAUAAAUAUCUUUUAACAGGGAAUUUUGCUUUAAAGAUGUUUUAGUUCACUUUUGCUUUAAUGCACAAAUAGAUGUUAGUGUGACAAAGAACUGUUGUUCUGUGAUUUAUUUAAAGACUGGUUUUUAUUUUGCUUCCGUGAUUCGACAGUUUAAAAAAAAAGAAGAAGAAAGGAAAUGGGUGCACCGGAAACACACAGCGCCCUGAUGAGAAACACUAAUACGGACUGUGAUUUUAAAUGAAUUCUUAAGAAGUUCAUGGCAAUGCUCACUUACUGUAGUUCUAAAUUAUAAAUCUGUCAAAGCCACCCGCUGGUUUAUAUUGAGCGAAUAUGUUCGACCGACAAGUGGACACACUGAUCAUGAAUAAUCUCCUGAGCUUGGCAUUGGAAAUAAACGAUCAUAAUAUAGGGAAUAAUGUGUGUAGAUGAUAUUCCUCCAGAUAUUGUUUUGAGAAGAAAAAAAAAGGUUGUACAGUAUUUUCCUCUGUAAAAAAUAACUAUAUAUGAACAAAAUGCUCUUUUUCGUCAACAGCUUCCUUUAAAAAGAAAACCGUUAAAAGGAGAAAUGAAUAAUAAAACGUAAACAAUUAAAAUAGCCUCAUCAUAGUUUGCUUGUGUGCGUGCCCUUUUUUUUUAACUACCCCAGAUCUUUUGGAACAAGUAGUUCAUACUGUAGCAUUUGGCAGAUUCCAUUAUGAUGUUUGCAGUAUAUUUUUUUUUUUUCUUUUUCCAAACUGUCAGAAGCUCAAACUAAAAUACACUGAUUUGAAUUCAUUCAUCGAUGUUUCUGUUUUAUUCAACGACUCAUUUUAUUCAUUGUCAUUUAUCUAUGUGUGCUUUUUUGUUCUUUUUCCUCAUGAAUUGAAAUUCUUGCUUUAUAUUGACUUUGCUGUGGGCACGCCUCGUUCAGACUGAACUGUCUCCCGGGACUCUGCUGCAAAGCGCUGGUUUUGUUUUCUCAUCAGAUAACCGUAGGGGCUGGGAGACAUUGUGCACUUGAAUUCAGUUUGUGUUUGUGUGUGUGUAUGUGUGAGUGUGUGAGGGUGUGAAAUAGCAGGAUUUGUAAAAAGUUGAAAAUAAAGAAACUAUAAUUAUUAUAACUAUAUACAUGUAGUGAUUGAUAGUGCUUCAGCCUGAGGACAUUUUGGGUGCUGUGUGGAGGGUAGCGGUGCUGCUGGACGACGGCAGGGCAAAAGGUCACGACAGCGAUCUCUCUGUCUUUUUCUAUCUGUCAGUGACACUAAGAGUGUGUGUUUGUGUGUGUGUGUGUGUGUGUCUCCCUGUGAGAGAGACAGACAGCCCACGAAACACAGACCUGUGGCUCCGUCCCAGCUGCUCAGAGCUUUGAUUCAUAUUUUAUGACCUUUUGCGCCUUUUUCCUGCUUUGUUCCGCUUUUAA